AUGGCGACAGACACUUCCAAGUAUAAGCUUAACCACACCAUGCUUCGGGUCAAGGACCCGAAGAAGUCUUGUAUGUUCCUGGAAUUCUACAAGUACCUGGGUCUCAGCCAGGUCAACCAGAUCGACUUCCCCGAGAACAAGUUCUCCCUCUACUUCCUUGCCUACGACGGCCCCCAGUCUCUCCAGGGUGAACGUCACUUCACGGACCGCAACGGCGUCUUGGAGCUCACCCAUAACCAUGGCACGGAGGAUGACCCUAACUACAGCGUGGUCAACGGUAACACCGAACCCUACCGCGGUUUUGGACACAUUGCUAUUUCCGUGGACAACAUCGAGGCCGCCUGCAAGCGACUGGAGGAUGCCGGAUACCCCUUCCAGAAGAAGCUUACCGAGGGCCGUAUGCGUCACAUCGCGUUUGUCAAGGAUCCCGAUGGAUACUGGGUCGAGAUUAUCCGCCGUCACAACGAGGAUGUUGGUACCGCCACCGAUCCCUCCAGCUACCGUCUGAACCACACCAUGCUCCGCGUCAAAUGCGCCGAGACUAGCGUCAAGUAUUACCAGGAAGUCUUUGGAAUGACUCUGUUGCGCACCAUCGAGAACAAGGAUGCUGGAUUCAACCUUUACUUCCUGGGCUACCCUGGUGCCAACCCUGAGCGGCGCGAGGGUGCCACCAACCCGGUCUCUGAAUGGGAGGGUCUGCUGGAGCUUACCUGGAACUAUGGCACCGAGAAGCAAGAGGGCCCGGUUUAUCACAACGGUAACACGGAGCCGCAAGGAUUUGGACACAUUUGUGUCUCCGUCGACGAUCUCAAUGCUGCCUGUGAUCGGUUCGAGUCUCUGAAUGUUAACUGGAAGAAGCGCCUUACGGAUGGACGGAUGAAGUACGUGGCAUUCAUCCUGGAUCCGGAUAACUAUUGGGUGGAGGUUGUCCAGAACGAGGCACUUAAGCGUACUGGCAACUUGUAA